AACCUGGAGACGAACAGCUCAUGUACGACUGCCCCGCCUAGAACGCAGUGGUGGUGGACCAAAGCUCGAAGACAAUGACGGAAACAAGAAGAAUAGGGCCAGGAAUAGGACACUCUGGGUGGAUCUCAUAUGCCCGUAAGUGUUGUGAUGAAGCUCGGUGUCCCAUACCGCCAGGAAUCCACCCACACCAGACGGAAGGGCCUUGAGCUUCAUGCCAAGAGUGACUUGAUCCUCGCCGUCGCUGUUCUCCCCCUCGAUGAUAAGCGCUCCUUCGCCGAGGUCCGAGCCCAGUGAUCUCUUUGAGCUUGCGCCAAUUUCGCUGGAUGCUUCAGAGCCUGUGCUGUCGGCUGAGACAGAGUCAAUUGUCGAUGCUCGCAUGAAAGAAGGCGUGGAUCGGGGCGUUCGUAUGGGAUUAGGCACAGAUACGAUCCGCUUCAGUGCAGGCUGAUCGAAGGGAGAGACGAAGUGCGAGGCGGGAGGCACGAAUUCCGACGCGUUGCGGUAGUCAGGGGCAGAGAAGAUAGGAAUCCAGGUCUCAUCGUGAGGUUGCCGAACGGGGGAGGUUUCCGUGACAUUGAAAGCUUUGGUGGCAUACAUGCUGGAAAAACGACGAAGCCUUGGACAAACCCUCUGCGGCUGGAGUUCAUCACGCUCGAGCAAG